GCAGCAGGAGGACGACGGAGGAGAGAGAGGCGCCUUUGUUAAACCCUUUAGAAAACCUCAGCCGCCAUAGCUGCCGCGACCAUAGCAGAGAAGCAGGAAGCAAAAACUAAGCGGCGUUGGCCAUGGUGAAAUCGUACCUGAGGUACGAGCCUCGGGCUUCAUUUGGUGUGAUAGCCUCAGUCGAAUCGAACAUAGCCUUCGACAGCUCCGGAAAGCACCUGCUAGCUCCGGCGCUCGAGAAGGUCGGAGUUUGGCAUGUCCGGCAAGGCAUCUGCACUAGGACGCUAGAGCCUUCGACGGCUUCUCAUAGCGGGCCUUCUCUCGCCGUCACUUCCAUAGCCUCUUCCUUGUCUUCGCCUCUGGUAGCAAGUGGUUAUGCCGACGGCAGUAUUAGGAUUUGGGAUAGUGACAAGGGAACCUGCGAGACUACAUUGAAUGGCCACAAAGGUGCGGUUACUGCUCUACGAUUCAACAAAACUGGUGCUCAGCUUGCAUCUGGAAGUAAAGAUAAUGAUGUUAUAUUGUGGGAUGUGGUUGGGGAGACUGGCCUCUUUCGCCUUCGAGGACAUCGUGACCAGAUUACUGAUCUUGUUUUUUUGGAGUCUGGGAAGAAACUGGUGACUUCAUCCAAGGACAAGUUUCUGAGAGUGUGGGAUAUGGAAACACAGCAUUGCAUGCAAAUUAUCAGUGGGCAUCACCGUGAGGUUUGGUCGAUUGACGUCGAUCCCGAAGAAAGAUACUUGGUUAGUGGUUCUGCAGACCCUGAACUUCGGUUUUAUACAAUAAAGGACGAUGCAGAUGGCAAAAAGGAUGCGGGCAAUGAAAAUGGGGAUGCCAACAAAUGGGAAGUUGUGAAAUUUCUUGGUGAGAUCCAGAGGCAAACAAAAGAUAGGGUAGGAACUGUGAGGUUCAAUUUGUCGGGUAAUUUGCUUGCUUGCCAGUCAGCUGGGAAGAUAGUGGAGAUAUUCAAUGUCCUUGAUGAGGUUGAAGCAAAGCGCAAGGCUAAACGCCGGCUUCAUAGGAAGAAAGAGAAGAAGUCUUCAAAAGGAGCCGUCGAGGUUACUGAAAAUGCUAAAGAGCCUGCUACAGAAGAAGAAGGGAGCGGUACUCUGAUUAUUGUAACUGAUAUCUUUAAGCUUCUGCAAACCAUUCGAGCAGGCAAAAAAGUGUGCUCCAUUUCGUUCAGCCCAGUUACACCAAAGAACUCAUUGGCUACAUUGGCAUUGUCAUUGAAUAAUAACUUAUUGGAGUUUUAUUCCAUUGAAAACGAUGCAAACAAAAAGAAUCUAGCUAUUGAACUCCAUGGGCAUCGGUCUGAUGUCAGGAGUCUUACACUCAGUUCAGACAACAGUCUUUUGCUGUCCACUAGUCACAAUGCAGUGAAGAUUUGGAAUCCAAGCACCGGUUCUUGUCUUCGAACUAUUGACUCUGGAUAUGGACUUUGUGGAUUAUUUGUUCCACAUAAUAGGUAUGCACUUGUCGGGACGAAAGGUGGAACUGUUGAAAUCAUUGAUAUCGGAAGUUCCACUAGAAUUGAGGAAGUGGAAGCUCACGGUGGUGCCAUUCGGUCUAUUACUGCGAUUCCAGAUGAAAAUGGGUUUGUCACAGGCAGUGCAGAUCAUGAUGUUAAGUUCUGGGAGUAUCAAAUCAAACAGAAACCUGGUCAGGAUUCUAAGCAGCUCACAGUAUCAAAUGUAAGGUCUUUGAAGAUGAACGAUGAUGUUCUAGUGGUUGCAAUUAGCCCUGAUGCUAAAUACAUUGCAGUUGCUCUGUUGGAUUGCACAGUGAAGGUUUUCUUCAUGGAUUCGCUUAAACUUUUUCUCACACUAUAUGGUCACAAGCUGCCCGUAAUGUGCAUGGAUAUCUCAUCAGAUGGAGACUUAAUUGUCACUGGCUCAGCUGACAAGAACUUGAAGAUUUGGGGUUUGGACUUUGGCGACUGUCACAAAUCUCUCUUUGCUCAUGCUGAUAGGUGGUCUUCUCUUUACAAUCUAUAAGAUACGUUUAAUGGUAUUCUCUUGUGAGCUGGCAGUGUUCUAAUGAAACUAUUUGUUGGUUAGUGUUAUGGCAGUGCAAUUCGUACGAAAUACCCACUAUAUGUUCAGUGCUGGAAAAGAUCGACUUGUAAAGUACUGGGAUGCGGACAAGUUUGAGCUGCUCUUAACUCUGGAGGGCCAUCAUGCUGAUAUUUGGUGUCUUGCAAUUGGUAGCCGUGGUGACUUUGUUGUCACGGGGUCUCAUGACCGAUCUAUACGUCGGUGGGAUCGCACUGAAGAGCCAUUCUUCAUCGAGGAAGAAAAGGAGAAGAGGUUGGAAGAAAUGUUUGAAGCUGAUCCGGAGAAUCCAUUUGAAAACAGAUUUGCACCAAAAGAAGAGAUCCCAGAAGAGGGAGCUGUUGCCUUGGCUGGGAAGAAAACUCAAGAAACUCUAACAGCCACCGACUUGAUUGUUGAUGCCCUAGAUGUAGCAGAAAUGGAGUUGAAGCGUAUCACUGAACAUGAAGAGGAGAGGAGUACGGGACAAGUAACUCGCUUCCAGCCAAACCCUACCAUGAACGGGCUGUCGCCUUCUGAUUAUGUUCUUGAUGCACUCUCAAAAGUUCAGGCAAAUGAUUUGGAGCAGACACUUCUGGCUUUACCAUUCUCAGAUGUUUUGAAGCUCUUGUCCUACCUGAAAGACUGGGCAUCGAUCCCUGACAAGGUUGAGCUUGUCUGCCGAGUUGCUACAGUGUUGUUGCAGAUUAACUAUCACCAGUUAGUCAGCACUCCUGCUUCUAGGCCCGUUUUGACUGCUCUCAAGGAUGAACUCCAUUCAAGAGUCAAGGAAUGCAAGGAUACUCUUGGUUUCAAUCUGGCAGCAAUGGACCAUCUGAAGCAACUAAUGGCCUCAAGAUCAGAUGCACUCUUCCAAGUUGCCAAGGCAAAGCUUCAGGAAAUCCGUUCUCAGCAAUCAAAACGUCUGGAAGCCAGAGCAGAUACGAAAGAAGAGAAACGAAAAAAGAAGAAACAGAAGAAAUAGAGAGAUUCCAAAGUGCCCCAAGUUCCAAAACCGUGGUAUCGCUAUACCUUCCUAGUCAAGGGUGGCACCUGCAGCUGCUAACAAACCAAGUUACCCUUCCUAAACAGCUUGAUCGAUUGAUGUUUGGCUCGACAAAAACACAUGCACGAACCGCGUUACUCAAUCGACACUCUGGUACCAGGUCUGCAAGUUGCGAACUCAGUGGAGGUCUUUUCAACAUUGUUGUGUGAAGCUUAACCCAAACCCGGAUACUUUAGUUCUUUUGUUCCAUUUUCGUUUGCUUGUAAUUACUUGGCCAAUCACGAAUGUAACAUUACAUAUACAACAGCGAGUAACACGCUGAAAAUUUUGCCGAUCUACGGUUCAAUUUGGUCCGUCUAACUCAUCAAAGU